CUGGGGAGCGGAGCCGCCGCCGGAGCUGCGUCCGCUAUGGGGACGGAGUACGCGCGGAUGCGCUGCAUCAAAAUCUUGCUGUUCAUCUUCAAUCUGAGCUUCUGGCUGGCAGGAUUGGCUGUCAUUGCCUUUGGUCUGUGGCUGCGGUUUGGUGGGGCUAUGGCAGAGUUUGCUUCAGACAAAAGGUCUCCAGAGUAUUUCUUCAUAGGUCUGUAUGUAUUGGUGGGAGCAGGGGCUCUCAUGACCACAGUUGGAUUCUUUGGGUGCUGUGGAGCAGCGCGGGAGUCUCAGUUCUUGCUUGGAGCAUUCUUUGCUUGCUUGUUGGUGAUAUUUGCAGCUGAGAUCACCGCUGGAGUGUUUGCAUUUAUAGGCAAGAAAGUGGCAAUACAGGAAGCCCAGAAAAUCUAUGAAGACAUCUAUGAGGAAUACAUGAAAAAUCCGGGGAAGGUGAACAGAACCAUCUAUCACUACCACUUGGCUCUCCAAUGCUGCGGUAAAGAUAAUUUGGAACAACACGCAGGAUUACCUUGUCCAGAGAAAAUGCAGGUGCCAAAGAACUGCCUGGUUGAAAUCCACAACGUAAUCGAUGCCAAUCUGCAUCUAGUUGGGAUUGUUGGAAUUGCAAUUGCUGGCACCACAAUCUUUGGCAUGAUAUGCAGCAUGGUUCUCUGCUGUGCUAUCCGUAACACGAGAGAUAUGAUCUAAAACUGUCACUGCACAACUGUGUCCAGAAGCUUUACAAGAAGUGCUCUUCUACCCAGCUUAAUAACUGUAAUGUAUUUUAAUUAGUGUUUUAACAUACUGAGAGGAAAAUAUCCCACGAGGUGUGGAGGUGAAUUGUAUUAGUGGCAGUAAAACUGAAAUGAACAAAAAAAAGGGUUUUAAAAUGUCCUUUUUAAUGGAAAGAGCCGAGAUGGCAUCAAAGACUAAUUUGAUUUUUAAUGUUUGUGUAUGUGCAAUUUAGAGCUUACAUAUCUAUAGGCACUGUGUAAGUACAUGCAUUUCUCUCAUUACAGAUAUGUAUGCACAUUAUCUGUGCAUGUAGUACCUUAUGUAGGUAAGUAUGUGCAAAUGGGAUGUGUUGUGUGUCCACAUUUGCAUGCACAUUUUUCCAGUCUCACCAUGCAGGAGUUGUGCACACACCCAGAGGUUGCUUGAAACACUUUCAUUCCGACCCCCCUUUGCCAAGAGCUGGUGGAGGAACAAAUGCCAUUUUAAAAACGACCCAGCAUCCAUUUUGUAACUGUUCCGUCCAGCCCCCAAAGAGGAAGUCUGUUUUGUUUUAAACGGCUUUUGUUGUUACAAAAGGGUCUCCUCCAGCACACUCCUUCCUGGAGAUCUUCCAAAGCCCCUGGAUGUGGUCCUGGGCGCUCUGCCCUUCACGGCUCUGCUGCAGCACAGCGCCUGGAUCGGAGGGACGCAGAGAUC